AUGGGGGACGGACACUUUAUGACGGCCCAGGGCCACAUGUUCAUACUGUUUGUGUUUGGUUCCUCCUUAUAUUCCAAGGAGGUGAUGAGAGCAGAGGGUGGAGGGGGAAAUGAGGAGGGGGAAGGGGUCCCAGUCAGUGAGCAGUUGGCUCAGUAUAAAAACUGGGAAAGAAUCAUUCUGGAAGAGACACAUCAUAAGCUCCCAGCCUUGAAACAUUGGCUCUGCUACCUGGACAGUGUGCUCUGCUACUUUGAAUUACAGCUCUGCUACCUGGACAGUGUGCUCUGCUCUGCUACUGGGAAUUACAGCUCUGCUACCUGGACAGUGUGCUCUGCUCUGCUACUGGGAAUUACAGCUCUGCUACCUGGACAGUGUGCUCUGCUACUGGGAAUUACAGCUCUGCUACCUGGAUUGUGCCAAUACUUGGAACUCCUGCUCUGCUACUUUGCUAUCUGGAUACUCUACUUUGCCAAGUGCAUUAACCAUAGAUGGAUUAUGACCGGGAGUGACAUUAUUGACCCAUUCUCAGUGCACAGACCUGCAGGGUAA